GCAUUUGCAUAAUUAUGAAUAGGACAUCGAAACGAAGCAGCUGUAACAUUGUUAAACUGUAACUCAUUUUUUUUCGUUUCAGUUUCCUGGAACGCAGAAGACGUUGUUUGCACAGCGUCGUUUGUUGGUACAACAACUCGUGACACUGGAGAAAGAUUAGUGACUGAUAAACUUCUGAUAAACUUCUUAAAUGUAUCGACGUAUAUGAUUUUGUGCGUCUCGCUAACGGAAACCGUUGAAGUGUGUGAGUAGGUUGCAGGUAAAGAGCUACAAUGUGACAUAGUUCAUGUAGGCUACAUUGUGUCCGUGGCGCGAAGAUAAGUAGGGUGCCGAACAUGGAUUAGGAUUUAGUGCUGCUGGGACAGAAUGAAGCGCUGGACACUUUAAUUUGACCUUGAUUUUUUUAUAUUUUUUUUAUCUGGGUGUUAUUGAUAAUCCAUCAAGAUAGCUACUCUAAUCGGGUAAAGACAUUUUUAACAUCACGUUUAUGGAGAAGUACUAUUUCAAUAAACUUCGACCAAGAAAGCCAAUCGCUGGAUGACAGAAAAAGACCGUUGACAUUUGACUUGGCUAGUUAAAUUUGGUCAACCCUGUUAAACAUUUUGAAAUAAAAAGUUGAUUCAAGCAAAAUAGGGGAACUUUUACUUUGCGCAAAGUUAUCAGAAGCCAGUUCAUGGUGAAUUUGGUGGAUCUGGUUUGGUAAUGCACCAUGAUGCUGUUGUAGCCCACGGGGUAUGAACGUAUCUCGUGAAGGAGGAAGGGAGACACGAUGGCACUUUCCCGGAGAAGGAAUCGGUGGAAGUUGAUAGUUUGCCUUUUUGGGGCGUCUAUAGUGGGAUAUUUUAUUUUAAACAGGCAUAAUAAUCCCGGUGACAUAGCUGGAACAAAUCGAAGAGAGGUUCCCAUUGAGCAAGAUAUUGCAAAUGAAAUGCUUAAAAAGCCUGUUUAUGACAAACCGCAGUUGGAUUUAAAUGCCUUGGGAGAAAUGGGCAGAGCUGUCAAAUUGAACCUCGUUGGAGAGGAGAAGAAAAAAGAAGAGGAAAGUAUAAAUAAACACCAGAUUAAUACCUAUGUGAGUGAUCUGGUAUCUCUACACCGCAGUCUACCCGAACGAUGGAAUCCUCUAUGUAAGGACCAGAAGUAUGACUAUAGGUCAUUGCCAUCCACGUCAGUGGUGAUCGCCUUCUACAACGAGGCCUGGUCCACGCUGCUACGCACUGUCCAUAGUGUCCUGGAGACCUCACCUGACAGACUGCUACGAGAGGUGGUGCUGGUGGACGACUAUAGUGACAGAGCUCAUUUGAAGGAGCCCUUAGAAAACUACAUCUCCAACUUGAAGAAGGUACAUCUGAUCCGGGCCAGGAAGAGGGAGGGCCUGGUGCGGGCCAGGCUCUUGGGGGCCUCCAUCGCCACGGGCGAUGUGCUGACCUUUCUCGACUGCCACUGUGAAUGUCACAAGGGCUGGCUGGAGCCCCUGCUCAACAGGAUAAAGGAGGAGCCGUCCGCUGUGGUGUGUCCCGUCAUUGAUGUCAUCGACUGGAACACCUUCCAGUAUCUAGGCAACCCCGGGGAACCCCAGAUUGGAGGGUUUGAUUGGCGGUUGGUCUUCACCUGGCACUCGGUGCCAGAGUAUGAGCAGAAACGCAGGCGCUCUGCUAUUGAUGUCAUCAGGUCUCCUACUAUGGCUGGAGGGCUGUUUGCUGUCAGUAAGAACUAUUUCCAUUACCUGGGCACGUAUGACACAGGCAUGGAGGUGUGGGGAGGAGAGAACCUAGAGUUCUCAUUCAGGAUCUGGCAGUGCGGUGGCAGCCUGGAGAUCCACCCCUGCUCCCACGUGGGCCACGUCUUCCCCAAGAAGGCCCCCUAUUCGCGGAGCAAGGCCCUGGCCAACAGCGUGCGUGCUGCCGAGGUCUGGAUGGACGACUACAAGGAGUUGUACUACCACCGUAACCCCCACGCUCGCCUGGAAGCCUUUGGGGACGUGACAGACAGGAGGAGGCUCAGGACCCAGCUGGGAUGUAAGGACUUCAAGUGGUACCUGGAGAACAUCUAUCCUGAUAUCCACGUCCCUGAGGACAGCCCUGGGAUGUUUGGAAUGCUGAAGAACAGAGGCAUGUCCAGCUACUGCUUUGACUACAACCCUCCUGAUGACCAUAACCUGGUGGGCCACCGGAUCAUCCUCUACCCCUGUCAUGGCAUGGGACAAAACCAGUUCUUUGAGUACUCCAAUGAGAGUAGGGAGAUCCGCUAUAACACCAGGGAGCCAGCAGGGUGUGCUGUGGGGGACGCCGUCUCCAACUACCUGACUGUGCACCUGUGCAGGAAACCCCGGCACCCUGUCCCACAGGACCAGAAGUUUGUCCUCAGAGAGGACGACACCUUCUUCCAUGUGAUGACGCAGAAGUGUGUCCAGGCCGUGGACAAGACUGACAACGGCACCCCUGCCCCCGCCCUGCGGCCUUGCUCAGACCACGCCAACCAGAAGUGGUUUUUUGAGGAGAGGGGGGCGUAGUGGAGUGGGCCAGCCGAAAUCCAUAUCCCUGGGGUAGAGGGUCAACCAAACUCUUAACCCUGGGAUAGAGGGUGACAGCUGGAGGGCCCCAAAGACCAAUACUCAGGUCCAGCGUCCUUAUGCCGUGGAGAUGACCUGGGUCGUAUUCACAAGAUAGAAAACAGAAGAAAAUGGUCCAAAACGGGGAGGUUCUAUCUGAAGUAGUCCAAUAGGCAUCAUUCGUUUUCUGUUGCACACUGUUUUUAAAUGUUGUGCUCUAAUGAAUAUGACCCUGGUCAGGCGAACGGUUCUCACCUCCUGUAUCUAUGCACAACCGUGUGCUUGCUGGACAACGUUGACGUAUUCGCACACUUGAUAUUAACUCAUACCACAUCUACUUCUCAAAUCUUUUUUUGUCGAUAUUUGUUGUGAAAACCUGGGAGACGAAGGAUGUUGGAAUGGACAGAUAUUUAACACAUUUUGUGUGGGAUUUAAUUACCUGUCUGUUCAUCUGACUGAAAGACACUCCUACUUUUUAUUCUCACUUUUGUUCUUACCUCUCUCUUUCUCUGGAACACAGGAGCACUUAGCAGCUGGUAGUGAAUGUUUUUGGCAUUGCAGUGAUCAUGACAGACUCUUAUGUACUUGCGCAUUACACAUUAUAGCUGGAAAUCUCAGACUCAACCUCUAGAUGGAGCCAAAGCUUCCAUCUUGUGUGCUGAUCUUUUUCACUCCAUCCAGCAUGUUAUCAGCUCAGUGAUGGGAGUGGUUAAUUGUUCAGGUAUUUUUGGAGCAAGUAUUUUGUUUUCUACAUGUAUUUUUUAUUUUAAAUACGUGCGUACUACUUCAACUAGUCCCUCCAGGAUGUUGUUAUUUUUUUGGGUGAUAUUUGCGGACCAAAAAAUCGUGCAUGGCAGUAUGCAACAAUUUUGUUCAAGUUGUCGCGAAAGUGCGCUGACGAGGGAAACAUUUGUUGCCGUGUAGCUUGAUUGAACCAUAUUAUGCUAUGAUUGGUUAAUUUGCGCGCCCUCUUUUUGUAAUGCGGUGAUGGAUCUGUUUUAUGCGGUAAUAUUGCAAUGAUUUUGACUUUUUUAUGCAGCAAUUAGUGUGGUUAUUGGUUUGCAAGCCCUCUCAAAAUAUGUGGUGAAAUGUUUGAUUGCACACAACAAUUUGCGAUGACAGAAUCGUGGAGGGGCUUUUUAAUGUUCGAUUUGCUCCGCUCAUAGGCUUACGACAACACACAGUGCCUCUAGCCACACAAUUACUGGUAGUAGGAGAAAUUCCACUCCGGUCUUUAGUUGUGUUCAUGAAUCACAAUUAUGAAUUUGGAUAACUCACGGUAAGCAAUUUAAACAUUUCUGAAAGAAGGAAUACUUGUGGUUUUUCAGUGUUUUUUGGUCUAAAAUACAUCUUGUCAAUGCAAUUGACUCCUAGUCAGAUUGUUAUUUUCCUAAUAGAGUGAAGCUACGAAGACUUAACGUAGCUAUAUUCUGUGUGUUAAUUAUAUUACAAUUCUUGUUUAUUUUAAAUGAUAUAUUUACUCAAAUGUUUAUUUACUUACUUAUUGAUCAGCGUUGAUGUCAGCGUGGAUUUGUUAAUUCAGCACUAAUUUAAAUGAGCCACUUGACUUUAUGUAUUGCAACUGCAACAACAAAAUGGAGAAAACAAUUGUUGACAAUAAACGUCACUUAAGGCCAUCAUUUGGGUCAUUUCACCCAGAAGUGCCUUACCUGAUGCAAAAAGAGAUAUGGAAAGAUACGCAUGGAGUUAGAAAACAAAUCCACAUUUUUGUUAAAAGAGAUUAAGGACAAAUCUCAAAUGAUACCUACUUUAUCCCUAUAUACUAUAGUGCAGGGGUACUCGACUACUAUUUGAGAAGGUCCGGUCACAUACAUUUCCUCUGUGGCAAUGGUCCGGAUGGAUAUUGUAAUUUGUCGUAGUAACAAUCCCCAAUGUUGUGACCUCCGGGCUGUUCAAACUGUUUACACCCCUCUUUUUGCCAGAUCUAAAAAAUAAAGUUGCUGUUUUUUAAACUAA